AUGGCCGUCCUGCGGUCAACUCGCAGGCCUUUGCUUGCGACAGCAAUUUUCCUGCUUUCGUGGCAGACUUCGCAGCUUGUCAAGACGGUCUUUGUGGGUGGCGGCUCGGUUGCCAGACAGGUGCAAGUAGCGCGACACGCUGACAGCUACUCACUUCGAUACUUCGACGUCCGCGGUGCGGCUGAGACCGUUCGCCUCCUGCUUGCAGCUGCGGGCCAAGAGUACGAGGACAACCGGUAUCCUCUGAGCUUCGGCGUGCCUGGGGACUUCUCCACCAUCGUUCGAAAGGACUGCUGCUUCUGCUUCUUGCGGACAGGUCAGGAAUGA